ACGUGUGGAGUGAAGUUGAGGGGGGGGGUGGGGUACGGUGCGUCGGCGCCAUGCGACUCGACCAGAACGACACACUGAAAACGAGAGCCAGGCAAUUGGUUGUCGUGCUCAAACAGUAUUUUAUCUAUUACCAAACCCAAAAGGAGGGCAAUUCACCACGUGAUUAAAUAAUUUAGCUGGGAUGCCGCCGCUCUCCAAUUUCGUUUUGUAUUGUUUUAGGAGUCUUCCAAAACUUACACGGUAGCAGCGCGUCAAAGGAGCUAGGUUUAAAGGGGUGCUCGCUCUGCCUUAAGCAUGGAGACGGAGAGCGCGAAGGAAAGCGCCGUCGUGACCGAUUUGGACAGGGACCAGCAGUAUUGUGAGCUUUGUGGAAAGAUGGAAAACCUGCUUAAAUGUGGACGAUGUCGGAACUCGUUCUACUGUAGUAAAGAACACCAGAAAUCGGACUGGAAGAAGCACAAGCAGUUUUGCAAAGAGGCCGAAAAACCUCAGUGUCAGCCGCAGCCCGAAUCAACACAACAGCCCGCACGGACUGCGAAAGGAGGGCAAGGCAAGCGGUUCAAAAAGAAAAGCACCGAGCAACAGAAUGACACAGCUUCUCAGAGCACCACGAACACUGGACGUUCAAAUCCGCCUGCAGAUGGCGAAAGAAUGAAAGAUUUGAUCACUUCGGCAACUCGCUCGGGUAGUGUGUCUGACAGCAAGCAGACUGGGGAAGGAAUUAAGCUCAGCUAUAAGACCAACGGACAAACGAUGUCCCCCCCGGAAAAACUGGCAAUGAACUAUAUCGUUCCAUGUAUGAAUAAGCACGGCAUCUGUGUUGUUGACAAUUUCCUUGGAGAAGAGACUGGACUGAGUAUUUUGGAAGAUGUGAGAGCCCUCCACAAGACUGGUAAAUUUACUGACGGACAGUUGGUUAGUCAAAGAAGCGACUCCACUAAAGAUAUACGAGGUGACAAAAUAACUUGGACUGAAGGAAGAGAGCCUGGUUGCGAGAAGAUAGCCUUUCUCAUGAGUCGCAUGGACGACCUGGUCCGACACUGUAAUGGUAAACUGGGAAACUACAAAAUAAAUGGAAGGACGAAAGCUAUGGUGGCCUGUUACCCAGGAAACGGGACUGGGUAUGUACGCCACGUGGAUAACCCUAACGGCGAUGGGAGAUGUGUAACAUGUAUUUACUAUCUCAAUAAAGACUGGGAGGCUAAGGAACACGGAGGAAUCCUGAGGAUUUUCCCAGAGGCCAAGGCACAGUUCGCCGACAUCGAACCUAAGUUCGACCGCCUGCUCUUCUUCUGGUCGGACCGGCGAAACCCCCAUGAGGUGCAGCCGGCAUACCACACCAGGUAUGCCAUAACAGUGUGGUAUUUUGAUGCCGAUGAACGAGCUCGGGCCAAGGAGAAAUACCUAACAAGUGCAGGAGAAAAGGGAGUAAAGGUAGAAUUGAACAAGCCGUCAAAUCUGAGCUAAUAUGAGAGAAGCGGUUGGUCCUGAGGCGCCACUGCCAUCACCUGCUGCUGCUGUGGACAGAUUCGGAGAGAGGGAUGGAUGGAUGGACGGAAGGAAGGAAGGAAGGUGGGAUGAAGAGGAGAGAGAAGAAUGAAACCAACUCCGACUAGUCCGCUUUCUUUACACUUAAUAUCCAAAGUUGACACACACACAGACAGACCCUGAAUGUGAUGUUAUUGCACUGCAAGGACUCAUCAUUAUUUCCCAAGUUUCUGUUUUUGCUUGUUGCUUAGAUUUUUUGCCUUUAUUAUGUGUAGAAUGCCAGUGUAAAAAUUAGCUUUGGAGAAAAAAAAUAUGUAUGGAGUGAGCCGAAUGCAAAGAAGUUAUAUUCUUGUGAAUUUUGGGGUGAUGUAAGAAGGGUACCCAUAUGUGCUUAUCUGUCAGACGGGUUGUCAUGGUCUCCAUCGGCUGGAUCUCUCACUGUUAAAAUAGAAAAAAAGGUACAGAAGACUGUGUAUGAUUUACCUCGACAGGAGGUUGUCACACACUGUCCGGCUAUUGCCUGAUGCACACUAUAAGGCCGACUCAAACGUACUGUGCUGAUUUGGAUACUUUCUUUUCACAUGAUCCUUUGCAGCACGGUUCUAGUAAAUGAGGAUGAUGCGUAACCAAGCCAGAACUGUACAGUAUGGUUUGGCUUAGUACAGUGAAAAGGCUAUUAAUAGCUUAAGCUGCACUGACUCAAAUACGAUAGAAGUUUUCACGUUUGUGCAAACGAGCUGUGGUGAUUUUCACAUUGCAGGCGUAUGUUGAUUGCGGUGCCGUUCUGUGUCCUGGCAUCCAUUGCUUGGUAACUGGGUCCUGUUCAUUAGGCACCAAACAGAAGAAAAUGGACUGAAACUGACAUGCUCGUUCUCCGUUGCAAAGCAUUUUAAAACGUUUCUUUUCUUGCCCUUAUGAACACUGCCCUGUGUACGUUACAGGAGCAUCCUAACCUGCGAUCAGAGAUCUGUCUGUUGUUGCAGACGUAAUAUCACCGUUGUCUUAAAAACCAAAAACUGACACCUACCUAUUAGCCUUGCAGCGACCUUGCAGCUCUGAAGUUUAGUUUUGAAUAAAAAGGCUGAUUUUGUAUGUGCAGUUUGAGUCUGCUGCUGUAUCGUCUCGUCAUUACAGCAUGUGUGGGGUGUGUGUGUGUGUAUCUGCACGUAUGCAUUUGUGCGAUUCUUUCUCUGACCACUGAGCCGAGAUUGAAAGUGAGUGAGAGAGACUGUAAUAAUACAGUCAUGACUAUUCUCUCCGGCUAUACACCAUCGCCAUCAUGUGGUCACAAAACCAUAAAUGAUUCAUUCCUGUUAAGGCACAUCUGACCGAUGAGUUUAUCAACAGGAGAAUUGGCAGACCGAACUGAAUGCGGCCGGUAUCCAAGCGGUUAAGAGCGUUGGUGCAACUAUCCGAAACGUUGGUUUGAAUUUUUCCCUUGCUGCCCUUGAGCAAGACAAUAACCCCCAACAACAACGGCGCCGUUGACGUCGAUUAAGGCAGCCCCUCCGCACCUCUCUGAUUUCAGAUGGGUUGUGUUGAACACAUUCAGUUGUGCAACUGAUUAGGUUUUCCAUUUCUCCAUCCACCCUUAAACAUACCACAGAACCUUUGCAUGUGAUUUUGUUUAAACUGUAUCUAUUUGCCAUUGAUCUAUUCAUUUGUCAAUAAAUCAGUUGACAAGUAAAUAAGACAACAUUUAGAGAAUAAAUGGUUUCUUGAGAUAAGCAUGUAUGUCUUGUUUGCAUCAAGUUUAAAAUAUAAAUUGCGGUAAAUAAUUCGACUUUUUAAUUGGUUUCAUUAUAAAGGGCAUGCUCAAUCAAGCACAGCUGAAAUAUUAGACCUUUUUUCACCCAUGUCUGAAUAUAUCUCUUCAUUGCAGUCUCCUCAGGAACUUCUCUUCCCAGACCAUGUCUCACAUCACACCCGCAGGAAAGCCAAGGAUAUUUUUCUAGCCCCUACUCUUUUGGUUUUUACAAGUGUAUGAAGGAAUAAGAUGGGUGCAAGGAAUAUGGAGGAAACUCCCCAAAUAAACAAGAAAUGACAAAUCUGUUAGCGGUUGAGUGAGUAACAGUCUGGCUUGUUCUGCUCUAACCAGGAGUAUGGUCCCUACUAUCAGGGGCCAACCUAUUACACCCUGUCUUUGGACAAAUUCCACUUGCGGUAUUCAGUGCACUUGGCCCUGAAAAUGGACCCCAACACCCCCAGAGUUCCAAGGAUGCUGGAGAUGGUCGUGAUGGCCAAAGCAACUACCCUACUGUAAUGGGGAAACAGAAUAAUUGCCCGUAAGGACAAAGCAAAGGUCACUAGGGAGAUCAUCCACCCUGCCACUCCCAGGGUGUUGACCACAAACUCCAUCCAACUCCUGCUUCAGUGGGGCUUUAGGAGAUAUUGGAGGGAUAGACAGUUCUGUACAGCAUGGUCCCCCUGGUCAGGAGCAAGGAUGAGGCCCCCCAUCUGAUAUAAGUUGCCCUCAGCUCACUCCUCCGGGCAAUCAAUGAGUUGUGGGAGUUUCAGAUAAUGUUUCUGGCUAUCCAGGAGAAAGGGAUGAGGAAGAGAUUUCCAGUUGGAAUCACUAUGGCCUUGGACUGUUGACUCUUGAUGUGGUUGGUGCUUUUGACCCUGAUGAGCAGCAUCACCCCCAGAACCCCAGACAUGAUGGAGAUGAUGGUCAGGGCUCUGGAGGCCUGCAGGUCCUGAGGUAAGGCCAGCAUGGAGUCGUAGACCUUACACUGCAUCUGGCCUGUGUUCUUGGUCACACAUCUCAUCCACAGGCCCUCCUAGAUGAAAAGGUUGUCUCCUAUUGUUGUCUCUAUCCAAGUGGGGAGUGUGCAGACCACAAUGGUCAUGACAAAUCCUAUGUCUCCCUGGGCGAUGCCUAAAAUGUCCAUGCCCAUCAACAUGCUCUCUUCUAUACUUGCCCUUUCUGGAGGAACGGUGAUACAGAAAACGUCAUUCCAGAACAGCAAAUAGGUAAAAACUUCAAAAGAUUUCCUAAAAGAUGUAUAAACCAAGUUCUAGCAUGGCAUAUUCUUCCACUUUGAGUUUCACAGACAUUCGUUGCUGAAGUUUUCUGUGUGAUUAGAGUGCAGAGCCCAGAAACCCCGUCUGCUUUACUGUGGUGUCAAAAAUGAGGCUGUCAUGGAAACAAACUAUUAAAAAAGACGUGGUUAUACA